UCCUAUUUGAAUUCUAUUACUGCAUUGAGGGACUAUCUUGUAGCAAAUCAUACUGAAAUAUGAUGGAGGAAAACAGCAUGGUUUCCGAAAUAAUGCUAAAUAAAAAUAAUAUAUAAGCACAUUAAGAGAAACCAGUGGUAUAUGUCUUUAAUCCCAGCAGUCAAGAGGAAAAGAUGGUGGAUCUCUGAGUUUGAGGCCACAGAGAGAUCUAGGACAGACAGGGCUACACAGAGAAACUCUGUACUGAAAACCUAAAAGACAGGUGGGGGUGAAAUCAGAGUACAAAUGAAUAAAAACACUAAAAAUUUGUUAAUAGCAAUGAUAGUGAUACAGGACUCAUUGCAACUAUCUUGCAGCCUGAUUGUAAAUUUGAACCUACCUCAAAAUAAAAGAUUUGAAUUUUUAAUAUGAGUGAAAUUAGCCAAGAAUUAAGAGAAACCAGAAGUGUGUGCUUCUGGUUGGAUUAGUAAAUUAAGCAUAAUGAUAAUGAAGCAGGAUGAUCUCAAGUUCCAGGCUAGCCUGGGAUACAUAGUCUAAAUGAGAUCAGUACCAAUAGCAAUGCAACACUACCUCAAAAAGAAAGAGAGAAAAUCAUGUGUUUAAGUUACUAAACAUACAGCUACUUCAACUCUCUAUUUCUAAGUUUCUAAUGUUUUAAUUUUUGAAAAAUGACCUCAUUACCGAGACCUGGCUGCACAUCUUCACAGCUCCUCCUUCCUGAGCCAGUCCAGUGCUAGAAUUCUACGUCCUUAAGGAACUGUGUCAUUAUAUGAUUAGGCAGUGAUCAUGUAGAAGCAACACUGUGUUUAUCCUGGCUUGUUCCACAUUUGUAAGAUAAAAUGUUGAGGACAGAGGUUUUCAAAUGAGGAGAAGACAUCUGCUUUCAGUUUAAUAAUUCAUAAAGAUCUCUUUUAAAGGGUAAGAUCAGUCUACAGCCUUACCACCAUGAAUGUGCGUAUCAUCUCUGAUAAUGAAUAAAAUAAGUCGAUUGAUCUCUCUGGGAAUGAGUCAUUUCAUGUAGGGAAAAAUCUCAACCACAGAACAGAACUCUGAGUGAAUCUCCUGAAAAAGUGUGCUGGAGACAGAAUAUGAGCCAUCAACAAAUCCAUGUCCACACUUUAAAAAUAAGCCCAUGAGGAGUGGAUGGGCAGGGGAUAGAGGAGAUGGGCGGGGGAGGAUAUGGGAAGAGAGGGGGAGAGAAUGGAAGAAGAUGGGGAGGAGAGAAGAGAAGGGAAACUGUGGUUGGUAUGUAAAAUAAAUGAAAAAUGUUUAUUAAAUAAAAAGAAGAUACAAAGAAGCCAUCUAUCCUUCAGACAGUAACCCACAACUAGAAUAGAAUAGUAAGGUUUAAAUCUAUGAGACAUUUGAAUGACACAUGAAAAAAAUCAGCCUUUCAAAAAAAAAAUGAGACCAAUUCUACACUGUUUGCCAUCAAAUCAUUGAUCCAACCACAUAGUUCCUCAUUACUGCCAAUACCCAUAAGGAUCAAAGUCAAUAUCUGAAGAGUGUUCAGAUCAUACAUUUUGCUCAAUAAAUGUUUAUUCAAACAAUGAAAACUCAGUGAUUAAUUCAUAUUUUUCAUCAGUUUUUUUUUUCUUCAGCUGAGAAGUCAGAGGUCAGUGUAAGAAUCCGUCCAUUUACCAGAACAUUUCUGGUUUCCUCAUAGGCACUAGAAAACAUUUGACCAGGAAGAAGAGGGAAGAGGAAAGGACUUGAUGGUGAGCCAGGAAAAGGAACGUGAAGAGUAGAGGAAGAAGAGAAGCAUCCACCUCAAGUGUACUGACAAGUACAUAAAGUGAGAUGAUACAAAACAGUGAAAUACACUGUCCGGCAGCUUCAUCCCUUCAACUAGAUACAAAAGGCCAUGGUCAACCAUGGCUCCCCCGUGGGCUUCAUCCUGCUGGGUUUCUGUGAAGACCCACGCCUCGAAAAGAUUCUCUUUGUGGUGGUCUUGUGUUCCUACCUCCUCACCCUCCUAGGAAACACACUCAUCCUCCUGCUGUCCACACUGGAUCCCAGGCUCCACUCUCCAAUGUACUUCUUCCUCUCCAACCUCUCCUUCUUGGACCUCUGCUUCACCACAACCUGUGUGCCCCAGAUGCUGGUCAACCUCUGGGGCCCCACAAAGACCAUCAGCUUCCUGGGAUGUUUUGUCCAGCUCUUCACCUUUUUAUCCCUGGGAACAACAGAGUGCAUCCUUCUAGCAGUGAUGGCCUUUGACCGCUAUGUGGCUGUCUGCCAGCCCCUGCACUAUGCCACCAUCAUCCACCCCCGCCUGGGCUGGCAGCUGGCAGCUUUGGCCUGGAUCAUUGGCCUGGUGGAGUCAGUGGUCCAGACACCAUCCACUCUUCGCUUGCCCUUCUCUCCCCACCAUCAGGUUGAUGACUUCGUGUGUGAAGUUCCUGCUUUGAUUCAACUGUCCUGUGAAGAUACCACCUAUAAUGAGAUCCAGAUGGCUGUUGCCAGUGUCUUCAUCUUGGUUGUGCCUCUGAGCCUCAUCCUUGUCUCUUAUGGUGCCAUUGCCAGGGCAGUGUUGAAGAUAAACUCUGCAAAAGGGCGCAGGAAAGCUUUCGGGACCUGUUCCUCCCACCUCAUUGUGGUCACCCUCUUCUACAGCUCAGUCAUUGCUGUCUACCUGCAACCCAAAAAUCCCUAUGCCCAAGAGAGGGGCAAGUUCUUUGGUCUCUUCUAUGCAGUGGGCACUCCUCUUAACACUCUCAUAUACACCUUGAGGAACAAGGAUGUCAAGAGGGCCUUCAGGAGGCUGCUGGGGAAGGAAGUAGAGCCCAGCUGACACACACUCUCAGUGUGCUGGAGAUUCUUCAUGCCUUUAUCAAAGAGUUUAUGUCACCACCCUCCCCCUCUUCAGACCUACCCUACCACUGGAGCGGAUGAGACAACACAAGACACAAAGAUGAGAAAUUCAGUAGAGGAGUAUAGCUAUACCACAUGUAAUUACCACAGGAAUCAGACGGAAUCUAUCUGUCCAUCCUCUUGUGCCCCAUUUCACUGAUUUUGCUUUUAAUUCCCUUCCCUAGCCAGAAUGCCGCUAUCUUUUUGAAAUUUUACCUUUAUGUCUUUGUGUGAGUGUAUGUGUGGAUGUCUGAAGCAGGAAGAGGGUGUAGAUGCCUUGGACUGGAGUUACAGACAGUUAAAUUGUUCAGCAUGAGCUUUGUAGUUUGAGCUCUGGUCCUCUGGAAGAAUACAACGCUCUCAGCUGCUGCGCCAUCUCUUGCCUCGCGUCACUCUCUCCUCGCUUCACUCUAUUUCCGUCUGUAGUUUUGCUGCAUCUCCUUUGUGAGGUUCUUGGUAAUUCUUUACGCCUCCUUCUGUUUUAUUCCCCAAAUAUCAGCAAGCGUUGAGGGGAGACUGAAACUUAGUUCAGAAACCCAACCGAAAAGCGUUAAGACAUUUGCCUAAACUUUAGCCCCUGUGACUUCCAGUCAGACCAUUCCCAAAUGCAUUCUGCUGUUCCUAUACCGGAACAAAACAUUCCAGUAUUCUUACUUUUUUUUUUUUUUUUUUGGUUUUUCGAGACAGGGUUUCUCUGUGGCUUUGGAGCCUGUCCUGGAACUAGCUCUGUAGACCAGGCUGGUCUCGCAGUAUUCUUACCUUGAGGCCAGAAAAAAACCUUGGGGAGCAACCUGAGCUGCACUCCUAGUGUUCCCCCUUACCAGGGCUAGACAGGCAGCUCACAAAAAGAAAAGGCUUCUCAUUAAGGUGGGCAGGAUAUUUUGAGCACUGGGAUUUUGGUGCCAUCUACUGGCCAGAUCUGGAACAGCAUGGAUCUAACGACAAGUCAUAGGAGCGCUGUUCAGGAGAUAAUUAAUGUAGUUAACAUGAUAUACUUGGAUGUCUUGUGAUGUUUCAGGUACCGUUGAAAGUAUUUUACAACCCUUGACCCAUUUUAUUCUUGUAGCAUUACAAAGCUUUUUCAGAAGUAAAAACUAAGAGUUCAUUACCAUCUCUCAAAGUUCUCAGUCAGGACUGGCACCCAGGAGGGCAGAAUCCAGAUCCAUCUCUAAGUCCUGCCUUAAUAUACAUAGAGCCCUCCUAGCCCAAGUGAGAAGCCUCAAUGUGUCCUCAAACUAAAGAGGAAUCAGUCUUAGCUAGCCGUAUGUCCAUCUUCAGACUUGCCUCCCUGUACAAAGUAUCCCAAGUGCCUUAAAGUGCUCUGUGACAACAUCAGAAACAGACAACUUUGGCAAGAAAUUUGAACCUGUAUGUGGAAGGCUUGAGUCAAGAGGAGUCACCGUAAAUUUGAGGCACAUUGUGUCAGGUCUGGUUUACUUCCGAGCCUCCAGCAAAGCCAGCCUUUCAAGUCUCACACUACACAAUUAACCAUCUCCCACCCAGAUCUGUACUACAAUAAGCCCUCAAAAUACACAGCUUUAUCUUCUAUAUUUGUAUUUUUGAGACAGGGUCUCAUUUUGUAGCCCAGGCUGGCCUGAAACUCCCACUUCAGACUUCUGAAUAGUGGGGUUAAAGCCAUGUCUACCACACCCAGCACAACACACACCUCCUUUUUGUUUUUAGACAGGGUUUCUUUGUGUAGUCCCGGCUGUCCUGGAAUUCACCUUGUAGAUCAGGCUAACCUCUGACUCAGAUCUGCCUGCCUCAGGGCUGGGUGACCUCCCAAAUACAGCAUUAUUUCAUUGCUCCUUCAUAACUGCAAUUUUGCUGUUAUGAAUGGUAACGUAAUAUAAAUAAUGGUAAUGUAAUAAUAUGUAAUAAUGUAAUAAUAUAAAUAAUGGUAAUGUAAAUAUCUGAUAUGCAGAACAGCUGAUAUGUGAGCCCUGUGAAAGGGUCAUUUGAUCCCAAAAGGGGUCAUGGUCCACAGGUGAAGAACGAUGCACAAACUCCCUGCUCCGGAGGAGCUAUAGAAGUGGAUAUAAUACAAACGGUGUCAAUGUACUUUUUUGUAAAUCACAUGCUUGAGAAGCAGCUUGAUGUGGAACCCACUUUUAUGAUUGCAUUUUGGUUAAUGGAACACAAAGGACAAAAUAAAGAAUACCCUGCUCUAAAAGCCUUGGUGAAUAAGCCAAAAUUUGCCUGUCUCAGGUGCCCUAAGGUUAUGGAGUAUUGUGAGGGGAAGCUGCAACUAGCAGAGCCACCUUCAAACAAGACAGGCAGAAAGGGCGGGUCUGGGGUGGCAAAUGGCCCUGAAGUCUCCCCAAAGAAGGGCCUGGUGAAAUGCUGAAUAUCAGAUGAACAAGACUGGUUUGAUUGGGCUGGGUACAAUGAUACACACCUGCUAUCCCAGCAAUCAAGAGGCACAUGCAGGUGGAGUUCUGAGCUUGAGGUCAACCUGGUCUACACACUGAGUUCUAGGCCAAUCAGGGCUACUUAGUGUGGGCCCUUCUCAAAAAGAGAGAAAUACAGAGACAGACAGACACACCUGGGUGAUCAAGAGAGAAGAUGCAUGCUAUAAUGAACACUGUCUUUGUAGAAGGCAGAUAAGCCUCAGUGAAUUAUGUUUCCAGAUAAACUCUGUUCUACAUUGUUUUCCCCAGAGUAACAGUCCAGUCUACCCCUGAAACAUAGCACAGUAGAAUGCAGCAGAAACAGUGCUGUGUGACUUCCAAGGCUCUGCUGAAAAAUACGUAUUUACCAGUCUCUCCCACCUCCAAAGACACUCACCUUUUGGAAUCCAGUUUACUAUAUCAGAAGAGUCAGAUCACAAGGAAAAGCCCUGUGUGGUGGUUUAAGUCCACACCUCAGCCACAGAGCCUGCUAGUCCCAAACAAAAUCCACCUCUACGGGUUAUAAAGGACUUAGAACCUGGCUCUGUAUCUUCAAACCCACAGGGUGCUGUGUGGUGUGGACUUCCCUCACUGUGGCCUAUUUACUGCUUAGCCCACAGAAACAAAGAUGUUGCUGUUGUUUAAGCUGUUGUGGGUACCAGGCUACACAGCAGUCAAUGCAUAGUCUGGAUGUUGGCUCCACUUCCUAUCGCCAACAAGGUUCUCCCCAUGUGAAGUCUUCUGGCCAAGUAAUGAGCCUACAACCUUAGUUUGGGUAAAAAGUUCCAUCCCAAGCCCCCCCCCCGGGAGUUGCCCCAGUCCAGACUCCAUUCCACCUCCCAGAAAGCCCACCAAACAGUGACCCCUCCCCAGAGGGGCUCAAGACCACUCCCACAGGGUAUUUAAACUGACCCCCAGAGAACAACACGUGUUUUUUUGGCUUCCUUUUCAGUCUCUAUCCCUGGGGGGCUGGAAGGCCCCAUAAAGAUGGAAUAUACAGAGAAUCUGGAUUAUGUAUAUUAUUAUGUUUUCUUUGAAUUUUUUUGACUGUGAAGGAGCUAAGUACAGAGACAUUUCAUUGUAUGGGCUGCUAAGCUAAGCCAGCACAUAUACUAUAAAGGUAUCUUGAUUUCAGAAUUUGGGGCUAAGGUUAUGUUGCUUUGGAAAAGAAGUUCCAAAAGGAUGAGAAGCUGUGGAAUCCUCCCAGACUAAUGUGGUUUGAUGGACCAAGACCCCCCAAAAGGAUGCCCUGAACACCCCUCAAAAAAAUUACUUCACCAAAUAAACAGCAGGAAACAGUUUUGCAGAAUAACUACACCCAUAUUCCCAAAUAUUAUUUAAAAUGUUCUUUUACAGGCUCUGAGUUCAAUUCCCAGCAACCACAUGGUGGCUCACAACCAUCUGUAAUGGGGUCUGGUGCCCUCUUCUGGCCUGCAGGCAUACACACAGACAGAAUAUUGUAUACAUAAUAAAUAAAUAUUUAAAAAAAUAAAAUAAAAUGUUCUUUUACAUUUAAAGGGGGAUAUCCUAUAUAGAUUUGCAUUGGUAUGGAUCUUGGUUUACUGAUACAAACUUAAAGUCAAUUUUGUUAUAUGUAUAUUUCUGCUCUUGAUUAAGAUAUUAUAAUUGUGUGGUUCAUUUAAAAUAUAAUGUAUAAUUAGGAAAUAUUGGUUAAUAGAUAAUCAUCAAGUUUGUCGUCAUGUUAGUUUUUCUAGAUGUACAGAAAUGUAUUUCAGGUGGAUAUGCAUUCUUCAAACCUUUCAAAGACUACAGAAUAUGGCAUUUAAAAUGUUUCAAAACUUAGAACUUUUCAUGACAAUGAGACACAUCUGCUCCUGGCAGCACCAAUUACUUCAAGAGGAAGAUCGGCAUCGAAGAGGCUCCUUAUGAAGUUGGUUAGACAUUUGGGCAAGAAACUAACAGAGAAAUGACUGCUGAACUUGUCUAAAGGUGAGACCAUCCUUCAGGGUUCUUGCUUCAUGAAAAAGUCUGCUAGAUGGAUGCCCCAAUGGUACAGAAGAACUUUGGGUGACUGUGCAGGUAGCCAGAAGUCUCUGUCAAUUAUAGAGUUUUGGAAAUUGCUUACAAUGCACUUCCUGUUUACUUAGGUAUUAUAUCCUUCUGGAGUCUUUGAUGGAGUUGAAGAAUUUAUAGUUAUAGUUUCCCUUAGUUAUAAUAAAAGAUAAAGUAGAUAUAAAUAUAACUGUAAUUCUUGCUUGACACCUGUUUUUCUAUAUGUAAUUUUUCUAUAUUAAAGUUAAAACCUUCCUUUUUAUUUAAACAGAAAAGGGGAGGUGAUGCAGGAUUUCCCUCUGUAAGCAGUGAUUACCGUUGGUUAAUAAAGGAACUAUAGCAGAGCUAUAGGGGAACAGAGCUAGGUGGGGAAAACUAAGCUGAAUGCUGGGAGAGAGAAGGCGGAGUCAGAGAGAAGCCAUGUAGCUCCACUGGAGAGAGAAGCCUGUACUUUACCUGCUAAGCCACAGCCACAUGGAGAUACACAGAUUAAUAGAGAUGGGUUAAAUUAAUAUGUUAGAGUUAGCCAAUAAGAAGCUAGAGCUAAUGGGCCAAGCAGGGAUUUAAUUAAUACAGUUUCUGUGUGAUUAUUUUGGUUCUGCGUGGCUGGGAUGAACAAGAGGCCCCCUGCAACACUUCUGUCAGCUCUGCCAUUUGGCUGGGAUCCUGCACUCCUACUACAGAGUCUGUCUUACCCUUGGCUAUUAUGGAACUUUCGACCCUUGAUUUACUUACUAUUCACACCCCACUGAUGUGCAAUGCAGUUCUGAGAGGGAUAAUUUUGGUCUACCCAGAGCUGGCCGGUGCCUUGGGCAAUAGUUUCUGAAGCCAACUAUUAAUUUCUACACUGUAGGUUUCUCUACUCCACAGGCCUCCUCUUCCUUUCUCUGAAAAAAAUUCCACUGCAGGAAGAAGGGAAACUCAAAUUAAAUCCAAUCGGUCCAAGGUAGAUGAUCACUAUGGGCUGUUUUCAAAGAGGGCCUAAGAUUUACCCUGCCAUAAACAGGACAGUGAAAUGACAAGGCCCCUCUAACCCUUGUAGCUUUCAUGCAGAGAUGGGGAGGAAGAACCAUCAUCAUAAAACAAAACAAACCAGCACAUGAAAAGCUUCAAAAAAGCCAAAAGGACACUAAGAAAUCCAUUCAGGUUUUUUUCUUCCCAGCUUUUCAAACUUUCAGCUUGAUCAAAAAAAAAAAUCUUCCCAAGAUACUCAGAAUCCCUAGAUGAUGAUUUUUAAGUCUGGAGGCACUUAUCUAGAACCUGGCAGUCAUUGUUCAGUUGUGAUUUCUGCUCAGCCAACUGCUCCAGGUCUCCAGACCAUGGCCACCAUUGUCGGGGAAUCCAGGAAGCAGCUGUAACAAAGGCUUCCAUGGCCCAAGCAGAUCCAGGCAGCGGAAUGUAUAAUUAUCCUAGCUCUUGUAUGCACUCCAUGGAGAAAUGCAUCAUCAUUACUGUUAUUACCAGAUUCCCAAACGUGGAGAAUAGAGAUUAGGAGACAUUUCUGCAUGCGGUACAGGCCUGGCGCUGGCAGUCUGACUCCAGAGCCCACACUUUAACCACCAACGUCAUCACCCACUAAUCAGGGCCUUGAUCUUGUCCUGCUUUGCCCUGCGAAAUCCUGCAUGGAUCAGUCACACAUCUCUUUGAGCCUCUCCACUUCAAAGCCUUUUCAUUAACUUCAAGCCUGAGAACCUGGGCUUCUCCCUUCCUGGCCUGGAGUCCAUUCAGUUCACUGGCUGGAGGGAGAGGUGCUGCGUCGCACUGUUCACUGGCUUAUUGAGAUUCAGGGAGAUCCUUCCCCAAGACACAACACAGUGUGAAAGGGACAC